AGGACAACGCCAGCGCCCCGGGGGAACCAUAGAGGGCUUCUGUCGUUCUAUCCUAGAGUGUUCCGGAAGUGUCUCUGGGCCCUUCCGGAGGCCCGGCCAACUUCCAGCUUUUGCCAGUCUCCGCAGGCUCCUAGCGGGACAGCUUCCUCCAGGCAGCUGUGGUUAGGACCUUCUCUUCGGACUGAUCGGGAAAGGGGAAGCAAGAAUGUCUGCUCUGGGAGCUGCAGCUCCGUACCUGCACCAUCCAGCUGACGGGCACAGCGGCCGCGUCAGUUUCCUGGGAGCCCAGCCCUGGCCACAAGUGGCGGCAGUGGCCCAGCUCCUGAGGGACUUGGACAGGAGCACCUUCAGAAAGCUGCUGAAGCUUGUAGUCGGGGCCCUGCAUGGGAGAGACUGCAGAGAAGCCGCGCAGCAACUUGGCGCCAGUGCCAACCUGUCAGAGGAGCGGCUGGCCGUCCUGCUGGCGGGCACACACACACUGCUCCAGCAAGCUCUCCGGCGGCCCCCCGCCAGUCUGAAGCCGGAAGCCUUCCAGGAUGAGCUCCAGGAGCUUGGUAUCCCUCAAGAUCUGAUUGGAGAUUUGGCCAGCUUGGUAUUUGGGAGUCAGCGCCCUCUUCUCGACUCAGUGGCCCAGCAGCAGGCGUCCUGGCUGCCCCACAUGUCUUACUUCCGCUGGCGGGUGGAUGUGGCCAUCUCCACAAGUACUCAGUCCCGCUCCCUGCAGCCGAGCGUUCUCAUGCAGCUGAAGCUCAGCGAUGGGUCUGCACACCGCUUCGAAGUUCCCAUGGCCAAAUUCCAGGAGCUGCGGUACAGUGUAGCCUUGGUCCUUAAGGAGAUGGCCGAACUGGAGAAGAGGUGCGAGCGCAAACUGCAGGACUGAACCCUGGUACUGUGGGCGCCGAAACUGGUACCGUGCCGCGCAGUCCCACUGCUCAGGAGACCAACUCCAUUGAGGGCCUGCAUGCAAGGAAGCAUUUUGUUUACGGGAAAAGACAGCUGUGACUUUCUGGUUCGUCUUGUUUUUAAGAGUGAACUAUGGCAUAGUGGCAUUUAUAGUCCCAGCACUUGGAAGGCUCGGGCUGGAGAAUGGUGAAUGUAAGGUCAGCCUGGGUUACAUACCGAGGUUCAGUUUUAAAGUAAAGAAGUAAAGCAGCUAUUGAAAACAUGUUCCUCGAUGUGGGUGCUACACCUUAGACUUGUCCCUUCCCAACUGUGGGUCCAUGCUGAGACCUAGGGUCCAGAAAAGGACGCUAUGCAGUCAGCAGCAAGGUUGCUCAGCCUGGCCUGAGCGCUCUGCGCUGGUUUCUGGAGCCCUGUGCUUUGCUGUGCACACAUUUAAAUUCUUUUGCCUUAAACUCCCACCUCCCGAAGCUGACAUCUUAAUGGGGGGCAAAAGGGGGGGCAUUAGAAUACUAAAUAUGUACUUAUAAUGUUUAGUGUAUAUAGUAUUAAAUGCAUACUUUAAACAGUAAAACAUGAGUGUAGGGCUGGAAGAUUGGCUCGGUGGUUAAGAGCACUGACUGCUCUUGCAGAGGACUCCGGUUCAAUUCCCAGCACCCACAUGGUGGCUCACAACCUUCUGCAAUUCCAAUUGCAGGGGGAUCCAACACCGGGACAUCAGGCAUAUUAUGUGGUACACACACAUGCCUUCCGGCAAAACAUUCAUACUCAUGAAAUAAUAAAUCAUCUAAAACAAA